AUGUGGUCCAAAAAAUUUACCUUGAGAAAACUGAUCUUGAGCAGUUGUCUGUUCAUACAAAAGAUUCGUUGUGAAGAUAGUGACAGCUCUUUAUAUGGUACUUGGUCAUCCAAAUCUAACCAAGUCUUCACAGGACCAGGAUUUUAUGAUCCCAUAGACGAACUAUUGAUAGAGCCUUCAUUACCUGGUAUUAGUUACUCAUUCACCGAAGAUGGUUGGUACGAAGAAGCCAGUUACCAGGUCAGUGGAAAUCCUCGUGACCCAACUUGCCCCAUGGCCUCGUUGAUUUUCCAGCAUGGUAAAUAUGUCAUCUCAGAUAACGGUACUUUAGUUCUGAAUCCUACUGAAGUUGACGGCAGACAGCUAUUCAGCGAUCCAUGCAAAGAUGACGGAAUAUCGACAUAUUCUAGAUACAACCAAACCGAAACGUUUAAAGAAUUUUCCGUUGGUAUAGAUCCUUACCAUGGUAUCUACACUUUACAACUAUAUCAAUUUGAUGGUACUCCAAUGCAACCGUUAUACUUGGCCUACCGGCCACCAAUGAUGUUACCAACGGAGACCUUGAAUCCUACAGACACCGCUACAAGCAGUGGGGCGUCCAACUCUGACGACACUUCAGCAUCUUCUAAGAAGAAAAGAUCACUAAGAAGUCUGGUAAGAAGAAGCCUAGAAAACAGACACAAGACAAAUGCCGUUAAGAGAUCCAACGCAUCAUUUUUAACCUCGAAUGCUAUUUGGUAUAUUUCUGCAGGUAUGUUGGGUGUUGGUUCAUUAUUAUUUUUAGCAUUUUAG